UGGUAUAAACGGUACAACGCGCCUACGGCUUCAUUGAGAGUAGGAUAUCAGGGAAAACGCGAUGAUGUUAAUCGGUUCAUUAAACGAACAGUUCAAAAGAACCGAGUCCCGAAGUGAGUCAGACCUCUUGUCACUAGUUGACUCACAGGAGGAACCCAAAUAAAUGUGCCCCGUGACGUCACAGUCUUUCAUUUCAGGUGAAGUUUGUUAUUAAAAGAGGUUAACUGGUAUUGUAUCAGAAAAAUAUCACAUCCGAAUAAUACAACGUUCCGACUACGUUUCGUUUGUCAGCCGUCAGUCGCGUUUUUAUCGGUGUGCGAAUGAACAGCCGCGUGUUUCCGCACGGAAGUGUUUCAUAGCUGCUCUUCUUUAAAUGACUGCACUGAUCAGCUGGUUCCGCCGCUAGAGUCUGUAGUUGAGUUGUCAUUACAUCCCCAGCAUCCUUUCACCUUACUCUCUUCCAGCGGUCACUGCCUCUAUAAAGCUUGCCUUUUAGUUUGAUUUCAGGAUAUACUUUUUGCAUGCUGUAAUUGCACAGCCAGCAGUUAUUCAGCUUCAUAAAAUCCGGUCCUCUCACGUGGUUUGUGGGUUCCCAUGGGCAGUGUGCUGGCCUUGUCAACCCGCCCAGGGCGUCAAAACUCCCCUUUUCCACAAGAUAGACCCUUGUCACGGUGGGAUAGGAGAGAUGGACGGCUUCCUAACCCAGGGAGCUUUGACGGUUUGCAUCGUAACUGUAAAGAUGUAUUUCCACAGCAGAUUGAAGGAGUGAAACUGGUGAUAAAUAAGACCCUCAGCAGUUUCUUUAAGGUCAGUCACACGUUUCACCUCAGUGCUGUUGCUCCAUCUAGUUACCGCUUUCAUGCCGAACAUCUCCAGUCAGACACUGACAGCAAAGAGACGGGCUCACCCAUGCUUAUUGGGGAGAUGGACUCCUCUGGCAGCUUAAACGCGCACUCUUUGUUCCACCUGAGUGAGAAAAUGAGAGCCAAAGCAGUAUUUCAGACUCAACAGGCUCAGUUUGUCACGUGGCAGUUUGAGACGGAGUACAGAGGUAGUGACUUCACAGCAGCGGUUACUAUGGCCAACCCUGACGUUCUGAGGGAGUCAGUUAUCAUGGUUGCACACUUUCUCCAAAGCGUAUCCCCGCAGCUGGUUCUGGGGGGAGAGCUGGUGUACCAUCGGGGGCGAGCAGAAGAAGGGGGCAUACUCACCCUGGCAGGCCAGUACUCAGGGCCGAAUUGGGUUGCAACACUGAACGCUGGUAAAGGAGGCGCGCAUGCCAGCUACUACCACAGGGCAAAUAAACAGAUUCAGGUGGGUGUGGAGUUUGAGGCGAGCACUAGGACCCAGGAAACAACCUUUUCUUUUGGUUACCAGAUGGAACUUCCUGAAGCUAAAAUGGUCUUCAAAGGAAUGUUGGACAGCCGCUGUAUCAUUGGUGGUGUUCUAGAAAAGCGGCUUUACCCCCUUCCUGCCACAUUGAUCAUGGGUGCCUUUGUCAACCACAGAGCAGACAAGUUACAGGUCGGUCUUGGGGUCAAUGUUGGUUAG